AUGGGCGCCUCUGUGCUGCUGAACGUGUACGACCUCGCGCCCUCCAACUCUUGGACGCUGUGGUGCGGCGUUGGCGUCCUGCACACAGGCGUGCAGGUUUAUGACACAGAGUUUGCGUACGGCGGCCACGAGUACGACGUGUCCGGGAUCUUUGCCACGAAGCCGCGAGAGGCGCCCGGCGCGGUUGUGUUUAGAGAAAGCAUCUGCGUCGGGGAGACAGAGCUGACGCCGCAGCAGGUGCAGGCGCUCGUGCAGCACAUGGGGCAGCACUACCGCGGCAGCGCCUACCAUCUGCUGCAGACCAACUGUGAGGGCGACGCGGAGAAACCGGGCGCCCGCACUUGA